AUGGGGUCGCCGGCCGGCCAGGCCCACCCUCCGGCAUUCUCCCUGUUGACGUUCCUGAUUGUAGCCUUGCUCCUCUUCGCCGGUGCUCGAUCGGAGGAUUCCAUCUCCGGGGAGGGGGUUUCGGCCAUCCGAUUGCCCUCGGAGGGUGGGGACCAGGCCGUCUGCGCGUCGUCGCCGGCGGCGGCGACGUGCCCCGUCCGGUGCUUCCGGCCGGACCCCGUCUGCGGAGUGGACGGGGUGACCUACUGGUGCGGCUGCGCGGACGCCGCCUGCGUGGGGGUCCGCGUGGCGAAGCUGGGGUUCUGCGAGGUCGGCAAUGGCGGGAGCGGCCUUCUCUCCGGCCAGGCUCUCCUUCUCGUGCACAUCGUCUGGCUCAUCGUCCUCGGCUUCUCCGUCCUCUUCGGUCUCUUCUGA